AUGAGCCAAAUUCACUCAAUUGUCGUCAGCGACGUUUUGACCUUUCCCGACGCGAUUGCCGAGCUUGGUCGUUUCACUCGGGCCGCUGAUACCCACUCAAGGCCACGGAUCUCAGCCGUCGUCGUAGGCCCGCGUCCAGGCGAGAAGGUCCCCAAGACGUAUUCACGCGUUGAACUCUACCUUGGCGCGCGGCUCUUGCAGGUAACACAUGCGGAGCUACCACGCCCCCCUACGCCACCUCCGUCCGAGAACAGGGAACUCGAGAGGAAAGCUGCCGUAUCGUCGUCCAGUGUCUUCCGCUAUCCGAAGAAGAAACCUGAGUUCUGGGCGAACGUCCCCCCUUUGCCAUCUCGUGCUGGUCGGCUCUACUCCACAAUCGUCUCGAUCGGUGACCUCAACGGAGCCCAUCAUUCCCCCAUUCUAGUUCUCACAAGGGAGCCAAUUCCCGAAUUGCCGACCUUUCCGGUGUUCUCUGUUGGAUUCUCUGCGCCCGUGCAGCUGAGGAGGGCAGCGCCACUCGAAUAUAAUGAAGAGCAGCUCAACGCGUUGCAUGGCUACACCGUCCGCGUAUGCCGUAACCUCACGAACAGGGCCUUCACCUGCCCAGUCGACAACCUUCCCUAUCUCCUCGCUCCUCUCAGCAACGACUUUGAUUUGCACGCCGCACAGCAAGGCCGCGCCACUGACCUGCAAUUGGAUGAGCACAUCCCGUGGGAGGCUGUGCAGCAAGCCGCAGAUGAGUUCAUUGUCCCCCUUGCGCAGGAUGGAAACACGUCCCGUAGCGACUUCGCUGCGGACGCGGUCGUCCAGGACAGGAAGGUCGAGUUCUCUAUCCGAUACUUCAUCACGAGGGUCAGACGCGACAUGACACCCCUCAGCAAGGCGGAGGAUAGCCUACGGGAGGCUGGCUAUGGCAGUUUCUUGGAGUACUGUAUGGACAGGAUCAAGGACUUCCAGGGUUUGCAGAACAAUCGACAACCUAUGGUAGAAGUGGAAGUGGUACCCGCGAUGAGCAAUAAUCUCAACCCAACAGCGAAGCCGAUCGUUACGGGGUCCAAGGUCCCUCCUAAAUACCUCAUCCCGGAGCUCUGCCAGAAGCUGACCAUGCCCGCUAGCGUUUUUCGGUCCAUGCUUUUGCUGCCGUCCAUCAUGCGACGGGUCGACGAGCUGCUUAUCGUCAAGGAACUGAACGGCAAACUUUUCAACAACUCGAUCCGUGACCUUGAUCUGCUCGCCGCCCUCACAUCGCCAGCAGCUCUCGCAGAACGUGACUACGAACGCCUUGAGUUGCUGGGUGAUGCGUUCCUUAAAUACGUCGCCUCACUAUAUCUCUUCGUGACCAUGCCCUCUGCCGGCGAAGGCGACCUUCACAUAGCCCGCCAAGACAUCGUCUCCAACAAAGCCCUGCUCGACUGCGCGAGCGAACUCGACCUUCCUGCGUAUGUCCACAGCAAGCCGUUCGUCACGAAGCUGUGGGAACCUGUCGUGCAGCCGCCUGCUAGCGAACCGCCCACCCCGACCGGGACGCCGACGAAGGCAACUAUUGGGAAUGAUGGCGAGCCACCGGUGAGCAACCCUGCUAAACGCAGCAAGAAGCAGAAGCAGAAAGACGAACUGGACUAUCAGUGGUUGGGGGACAAGACUGUAGCCGACGUGGUCGAGGCCAUCAUCGGCGCUGCCUUCCUGAGCGGCGGGCAGCACGUCGCGCUCAAGGCCAUGAAGACCCUAAACAUCGCCAUCCCCUCCAUCGAGCAGUGGUCCGACUUCGCUCGGAUCAUCGGCCGGUCGCCCCCGUCUGCACGAAAUUUACUCCCGCUGGUGGAUGUGAAGGCAUUGGAGGCAAUUGUGCGGUGUGAGAUCAAGAACAGGGACAUCUUUGCUCAGGCUUUGACACAUUCUUCUGUGCAUGGUCCUGGGUAUACUGGAUAUGAGCGUCUAGAGUUCAUCGGAGAUGCUAUUCUGGACUUCCUUGUGGCCCGGUAUGUCUACGACAGCUACCCUGCGCUGGCUCCCGCUGGCUUGACACUCAUUAAGGUGCGUCUCAGCGCUAUGAUCUCGAACGAGACGCUGGCUGCAUUCUGCGUGGACGCCGGUUUGUACCAAUACUUCAGGCACGCGUCCCCGCAAGUGGGCACGGCCAUCACCGCGUACGUAGACAAGAUUGAGAAGGCGAAGCGGGACGAGUGUGCGUCCGCUGAGCGCGACGGCAGACUGCUCGGUCAGUACUGGCUGAAUACCAAUCCGCCCAAGGUCCUCUCGGACAUCGUCGAGUCUAUCGUGGGCGGCCUCUACAUUUCGGACGACUUCACCGAGUCCGGUGUGGUUAAGUUCUUCGAUGGCGCGCUGAAGCCAUUCUACGAUCGCCACAUCCGGAUGCAGACGCUGUCUUUGCAUCCGACGUCGACGCUGUUCGACCUGCUCUAUUCGUAUGGGUGCCAGCAGCACCAGAUGGUCAAAGAAGAAGACACAAGACCUAGACGAUGUGAUGUCGUCGUGCACGACGUCAUCCUCGCGAGCGCUGAGGACCACAGCGUCGCGUCGGCCUCGCGCUGGGCGGCAGCGUAUGCGCUCGACGCGCUCGACGGGGACCCCGAUUUCAUGAUGCGGACGUGCGACUGUCGUGCCGGGGUGCAGAGCAAGAAAGCCAAGAAGGUGCAGAAGACACAGCUUGGCUAUGAGAUAAGUUAA